AUGGGGUCGCGGAGGGCCCCCGGCCGCGGUUGGGGCUCGGGCGGACGGUCUGAGGCGGGGGGCAACGGCGAGGACGACGGACCCGUGUGGAUCCCCAGCCCCGCCAGCCGCAGCUACCUGCUCAGCGUGCGGCCCGAGACCAGCUUAUCAAGCAACCGGUUGUCUCACCCCAGCUCUGGAAGGAGCACCUUCUGCUCCAUCAUUGCUCAACUAACAGAGGAGACCCAGCCACUAUUUGAGACCACACUCAAGUCCCGGGCUGUGUCCGAGGACAGCGACGUCAGAUUCACCUGCAUCGUCACAGGGUACCCAGAGCCAGAGGUGACCUGGUACAAGGAUGACACAGAGCUGGACCGCUACUGUGGCUUGCCCAAGUAUGAGAUCAUGCAUCAGGGCAACCGUCACACCCUGCAGCUCUACAGGUGUCGAGAGGAAGAUGCCGCCAUCUACCAGGCCUCUGCCCGGAAUGCCAAGGGCAUUGUGUCCUGCUCAGGGGUCUUGGAGGUGGGCACCAUGACUGAAUACAAGAUCCACCAGCGCUGGUUUGCAAAGCUGAAGCGCAAGGCUGCAGCAAAGAUGCGAGAAAUCGAGCAGAGCUGGAAGCAUGGGAAGGAGGCUGUGGGUGAGGCCGAUGCCCUGCGCAAACUCAGCCCUGACCGCUUCCAGCGAAAGCGGCGGCUGAGUGGGGCCGAAGUGCCCGUCCCUUCAGCCCCUGCCCGGGAAGUCGAGGACAGACCCCUGGUGGCUUGGCAGGAGGGAGAGACCGAGCCUGGUCAGCACCCAGGUUUGGGCCUGAUCAACAGUUUUGCUUCUGGAGAGGUGACUACCAAUGGGGAGGCUGCCCCUGAGAAUGGGGAGGAUGGAGAGCAUGGCCUGUUGACCUACAUCUGUGAGGCCAUGGAGCUGGGGCCUCAGAGAGCUCCCAAAAAGGAGUCUGGGGCCAAGAAAAAGAAGAAAGACGUGGAACCUAAGCAAGGAGUGCGGAAGCCAGAGGUGGAGAAGGCAGCUCAAAGCCAUCGUGCCUCGGAAAACCGUUUCCCCAGUUCAGACAAUCCUGACUCCCGUGGGACACAAGGGCCCCUGAACAUGGAGCAGGUUCAGACCCGGCCCAGAGGCAGGGCUGCCCGGGGGCCUGGAUCCCCUGGAGCAGAUGGCACCAGGAAACCAGCCUCUGGUGCAGGCACUCCAGUCCAGGCCCAGAAGACCCAGGUCCCAGCCCCUGUCCCAGGCCCAGAGCCAGAAGUGUAUUUCUCCCUGAAGGACAUGUACCUGGAGAGCACCCGAGCAGAUCAGCCCCAGAUGGAGGCAGAGGCCCAGACCCCUCGGGGCAGGAUACCUGGAGAGAGGCCCUCAUGUCGAGAAUCCAGCGAAGCUGGAGGUGAGAGGGGGCCUGCUGCCCCCAGCCAGCCUGUGCCCACAGCCCCCCAGCCAACCGGGCCCUUCAACAGGAAGAGGUUUGCCCCUCCGAUGCUCAAAGGAGAGCCCACCGCCAGCAGCAAGCCUGAUUCCUCCCCGAGUCAAGAUCCGGAACCCGUGGCUCAGAGCUCGGGGAAGACUCCAUCCCAGGCCUCUGCCCAAGCGCCCACACCCCCUGCACGUCGGAGACACAGCACCCGGGACAGCCCCCUGCAGGGGCGAGCAGGCCCCAGCACUCCAGGCAAGGUCCAGGAAUCCCAGGCAACCAUGGCUUCUGCAUCGGCCAGCAGCAGCUCUGAUCCAGUCUCUGCUGGCCACAGCACCUCUAGAAGUCAGGGCAUCAUUGAGCCCAUGAAUGCAGAAACCCAGGAGGACAGGAAAAUGUCUCCUGACCAGAAAACAGGAGGCAAAAAGAAUACAGAGGUGGACAGGAAGAUGCAAGUGGACAGGAGGAUGCAGGGAGACCAAACAGAAGCCUCCCAACGGACACAGGCAGAUAGGAUGACACAAGUGGAUGUUGUGAUGCAAGGAAGGGAGAGGUCAGAGUCGGACAGGAAUUCCCAGGAGGAUGUGAUGGCACAAGGAAGGGUGGGGACGCAGGCGGAAGAGAGGACCCAGGAAGACGGAUGGGUGCAGCAAGACAAGGGGACACAGUCAGAGGGGAGCACUCCCUUGACCACGAAAGGUCAUUCAGAGAAGGUGUCCAUGACCAGUCUCAGUCCACACUCCAGGGCCCCCAAACGCCCACCUUCAGAGAAUCCUAGGUCUCCUCAGGUUAUUGAAGACUUUGGACAGAGCCAGGAAGAGUUCUCUGUCCCAGACAAACUGGGUUGUAUCCUCACAUCUGACGAGACACCAGGACCAGCCUCUGGGAGCCGGGAGGAAGCUGUGCUGGGUCCCCUGGUGGGGGGCCUCGCUUCCAGGGCACAACUGCCUCCUGAGGGCCAUUCGGAGCAGGUGGGAGGAGAGUGCUCUGGAGGGCCGGAGUGGUCCGCUCCAGGGAGGGACAAACCAAGGGAGGGCCUGUUCCAGGGUCCGAGGGAGGAAGAGCUGGGAAGAGCACCAUCUGCAGCUCUGGGUGGCCGUCCUCCAAGGGGUUUAGGCCCCGAGGGGUGCCCCCUGCCCUCUCCUCCUGAGGCUGGCCUGGCUCGUCAUUCCCAGGAGGGGCUGCCUGGCACCCCAGCUUCUCAGCCCAGGAGUGCAGCUGCCUUCCCGCCUUCUGAGGACAAGACCUUGCUGAGCUCUGCCCCCUCACUGCACCUGGGGCCAGGGCCAUCCAGCCAGAGUCACCCUCCAGAAACCGUGGCGGUAAACAGUGAGGGGGCCUGUGCCAAGGUGCCAGAUGCGGACAGGAGGACUUCAGGUCCCCGGACCUGUGACCCUGGCCUCAUAGACUCCCUGAAGAACUACUUGCUUCUGCUGCUAAAGCUGUCCAGCUCGGAAACAAGUGGAGGGGGCCUGGAGUCUCAGGGGGAAGCUGCCACUGGGGAUCCGGCACCCCUGCCCAUCCUGGCCCCCACCAUAGAAGUGGCCGGACUGAGUCCCCGAACAUCACGGCGCAUCCUGGAGCGCGUGGAGAACAACCACCUGGUGCAGAGUGCACAGACCCUCCUGCUGAGCCCCUGCACCUCUCGCCGCCUCACUGGCCUCCUGGACCGUGAGGUGGAGGCUGGCCGGCAGGCCCUGGCUGCUGCCCGGCGCCCAGGCCCCAGCCCUCUCUCGGUCCCUGCCAUUGUGGUUGGUGAGGAGGAGGGCCCUGGGCUGGCCUCAGGAGGAUCCAGCGAGGGUGAGGGAGAGCUUCCCCUUGAGGGGCCUGUCCUCCUGGAGGCCUCCCGGGAAAGCAACAUGGGUGGGCUGCUUAGGGAGGAGGGUGGUGGGCAGGCAGCCCCCAGGCAGGGCCUGCUGUCAGCAGAGAGCAGAGCCCAGGAGCCCUCCCCAGAGGAGGAGGCCCCAGGAGAGACGCUCCCCGCAGCGACGCCCGAGGAGCUGGCUCUGGGGGCCCGGAGGAAGAGAUUUCUCCCCAAGGUAAAAGCCGCGGGAGACGGAGAGGCUGCCAAGGCCGAAGAAAGGGAGAGCCCCUCGGUCUCCCCCAGGGGGCCCAGGAAGGCCCUUGCACCUGGGUCCCCAGGGACUUCUGGGCGGGAGAGACGCUCCCCGACUCAAGGCAGAAAGGCAGGCAUGUUGGAGGUGCCUCGGGCAGAGGAGGAGUUGGCAACAGGAGACCCAGGCCCCAGCCCCAAAGCCGGCAGUCUAGAUGCCGAGCUGGCCUUGGAGGAAGGCAAUCAGGAUACUCCGGCCAAGUCCAGGAAGGCCAAAGACCUGCUGAAAGCCCCACAGGUGAUUCGGAAGAUUCGGGUGGAGCAGUUUCCUGAUGCCUCGGGCAGCCUGAAGCUCUGGUGCCAGUUCUUCAACAUUCUCAGUGACUCCGUCCUGACGUGGGCCAAGGAUCAGCGCCCAGUGGGCGAGGUGGGCAGGAGUGCCGGGGAUGAGGGGCCCGCGGCCCUGGCCAUCGUGCAGGCGUCCCCCGUGGACUGUGGCGUGUAUCGAUGCACCAUCCACAAUGAGCAUGGCUCAGCCUCCACCGACUUCUGCCUCAGCCCUGAGGUGCUGUCAGGAUUCAUCUCCAGAGAAGAAGGGCAAGUUGGAGAAGAGAUUGAGAUGACCCCUAUGGUGUUCGCUAAGGGUCUGGCUGACUCUGGCUGCUGGGGGGACAAGCUCUUUGGGCGCCUGGUGAGCGAGGAACUUCGAGGGGGUGGACACGGUUGCAGCCUGAGGAAGGCCUCCCAGGCCAAGGUCAUCUACGGGCUGGAACCCAUCUUCGAGUCAGGCCGCACGUGUAUCAUCAAGGUGUCCAGCCUGCUUGUGUUCGGGCCCAGCAGCGAGACAUCUCUCCUGGGCAGAAACUAUGAUGUCACCAUCCAGGGGUGCAAGAUCCAGAACAUGAGCCGGGAGUACUGCAAAAUCUUUGCGGCUGAAGCCCGGGCUGCUCCUGGCUUUGGAGAGGUGCCUGAGAUCAUCCCACUGUAUCUGAUCUACCGGCCUGCCAACAACAUCCCCUAUGCCACCCUGGAGGAGGACCUGGGCCAGCCCCUAGAGUCCUACUGCUCCCGGGACUGGGGCUGUGCUGCGGCUCCUGCAGCGCCUAGCAGCUCUGAGGCCGUGUGGAAAUGCCAGACCUUCCAGCACUGGCUCUAUCUGUGGACAAACGGCAGCUUCCUUGUCACAGACCUGGCAGGGGUUAACUGGAAAAUGACCGAUGUGCAGAUUGCUACCAAACUGCGAGGGUACCAAGGUCUCAAGGAGAGCUGUUUCCCCGCCCUGCUGGACCAGUUUGCCUCCUCCCACCAGUGCAACACCUUCUGUGAGAUGCUGGGGCUAAAACCCCUCAAGGGCCCAGAGGCCACCCACCCUCAAGCCAAGGCCAAAGGCUCCAAGAGUCCAUCUGCCGGCAGGAAGGGCCCCCAGCUGAGUCCUCAGCCCCAGAAGAAAGGCCCCCCAAGUCCCCAGGGCACCCGGAAGAGUGCCUCGGGCUCCAAAGCCACCCCUCAGGCCUCAGAGGUGGUCACCACCCAGUUAUUGGGACAGCCUCCCACCCAAGAGGGGGGCUCCAAGACCCAGGGCAUGCGGUAG